ACAUCGCGACGCUUCCUUCCAAGUAUUGUGGUUCGAUAGCAUGGCGACAGGAUGGCUGCAGAAUAUGGCGGCGAUGGCCAAUACGACGGUAUCGCCAUCGACGUAUACCCAAGCAUCCUCCUUUGGCUCUGCGCUACACGCCAACAAGCUGCCCAACGACAUCUAUGCCGGCGUUGAUUUCGAUAGCCUGAACUGGCUGGAGAGGCAGUGGGCAGCCUGGUAUGUCUUCAUUGGCGAUCCUGUCCUGGCGACGGGCAUCAUGUCCUUCUUGCUCCACGAAGUCUUUUAUUUCGGACGAUGCGUGCCUUGGAUCAUCGUCGACCGGAUCCCAGCGAUGAAGCGCUACAAAAUCCAAGAGGACAAGGUGGCCACACCAGAACAGCAAUGGAAGUGCACAAAAUAUGUGCUCUGGACUCACUUCACCAUAGAAUUGCCGCAGAUUUGGGGAUUCCAUCCGCUGGCCGAGUACUUCGGCAUGGCGACACACGAAGUCCCACUGCCCAAGAUCACCACCAUUGCCUGGCAGGUGCUCAUGUUCUUCCUCUUUGAGGAUAUGUGGCACUACUGGACUCAUCGCGCCAUGCACACGCCAUACCUCUACAAGAAGGUGCACAAGCUGCACCAUCAUUUCUCCGCGCCCUUUGGUCUGGCUGCCGAAUACGCCCAUCCUAUCGAGAUUCUCGUGCUGGGUACAGGCACCAUUGGCGGUCCUCUGCUCUGGUGCCUGAUCAGCGGCGGCAAUCUGCACAUCUUCACAAUGUACAUCUUUGUUCUGCUGAGGUUAUCUCAGGCUAUCGAUGCUCAUAGCGGCUACGACAUGCCAUGGUCGCUACAUCACUGGAUACCGUUCUGGGCAGGAGCCGAUCAUCAUGACUGGCAUCACGAAAAGUUUACGAGCUGUUACUCCUCAUCGUUCAGGCACUGGGAUCAUUGGUUUGGCACCGAUCUCAGCUACAAGCUUCACAAAGCAGAGGCGCGCAAGAAGGCGGCAUGCCCGCCCGGCGAGAGCGCAGACAAGAUUACCAAAUCGCAGUAGACAUCAUCGCAGCUCGCAGUCAGACUGAUCCUGCUAUUGUACCAUAGACACAACGUGUGCAAGCAGAUUUUCUGUCGUGAUACAACAAGAACCAAAUUCACCGAUCUGCAGAUUACAAAUGCGAGAGCCUCACAGCUCGUCAGAUUGGGUGUCUUCGGGCAGGACAAAGUCCCAGCUGUCUUUUUCGUCUCUGUUCUGCAGUCGACAGAGCUCCAGCAGCACGCGGAGCAUGUACGCAGCCAUAUCACGUCGUCGCCAGUGAUCUCUCGCCCACUCCUUGCCCGCCUGUCCAAUCUCUCUGCCAAGAUCGUCGUGUGCGCCUUUGCCAUCGACCCCCGUGAAGAAUGCCAUGAUAUCAUAGAUGUCGCUAUAGUCCAAUUGGACCGGAAUGUAGCUGAGGA